CAGUUUUCUGUGUGCCAUGCAGGUCAUGACAUUGAAGAGAUUCGUUGCAGAGCUUUAACCAACCUAUUGUGCAAGCUUGAGCAUCGACUCAUUCAGGAGGCAGACCUGGUUCAAGAGCGCCACCUGUUGAUUGGUCUGUUGGAAUGGUUUAACUUCAAGUCAUGCCCUCAGAAGGAAGAGGUGCUGUUGCUGAUUCAUAGACUUGCGAAGCACCUCUCUGCUUCAGAACACUUGGUAAAGAUUGGAGCAGUCCAGUUUCUAUCUCACCUGAGGCACGACGUUGAGGAUAACCUACAAGCAUCCAUUGAUGGCACUCUAGAACUACUAUUAAACCUCCCUGGAGAAGUCACUUCUAAUGCUUCCUAUGAGCAUUGUUUUUAUAAGGCACAGACAACAGGCCACAAUGGAGACACGGCAUCCAUUUUCAGAUCCUUGACACUGUCACCAGACAUGGCCAAUGGCUACUUCCAUCUUGAACCUCCAUCUCCAACAGGCAUCAUCAAGAGCAAAUCAAGAAGGACAAUUUUACAAGACCAAUGUCCAGGUCGUGAAGGAAUAUGUGGAGUGAUAUUUUCUACAUUUCCAUGGUUACCUCUGACUGCUACAGAUGUUCAUGUGCUUACAUCAACAAACAACUCUCUGUGUAGUUCUGAAGCACAAGUUGUGGUAACAUCCUGUGAUUUCAUCAAUGAUGUAGUUUUACAUGACUUCCCUGCGGAGAUCUUCCUUCAGAGACCAAACAUUAUACAAAAUCUUCUAGCCCUUCUGGCUGACCACCCCCAAGAUGAUGACAACAAGGCUUGUGUUACCCAGCAUGCCGUCGACUGCCUUACUAACAUCUCUUUACUGCUCAUGGCUCGUUUCCAGUUCUACCAUGAUCCUGCACUCUACUGUCCAAAGCAAGAGUUCCUGUCUAGGACCAAUUCAACAACGUCAUCUGUCGGAGGAGAGCAAUCACACUCCACCAUCCAAUCCACAUUGAGUUCAGAGUCUAGACCCUCCAUCAUAGGAAGGACCAACAGACGUGUGAGUGGAGAUGGAAGAGACUGGGAUUCUCAUAGCUCUGUAGGUUCUAGCCCCCUCUUACCCAGCUCCAUCACCCCUCCAGCGGUGGACCCUGAGACAGAUUCUGAUGACACCAUCGUCCUGCAAUUCUCCCAGAUGACACUGCCACAGUUCACCCUCGAUGUCAUGCUGCAGGCAUUGAGUCUUCUCAAGGUCAGCUCUUUGGAGCUCACCUCUCAUCUCUUUCAUCUCCUCCACCAAGCUUUUCGUCUCCUCAGCAUAGCCAUGACCGCAGACAUCUGGCAGGACAAGAGUGUAUCUGGAAGACUGCUGACUGACAAACUGAGUGAAUGCCUUGAAUCUAUGGGAGGUCUCAUCCAUCAUCACCAUCAGUCUGCUCACAAUGGUCACAUGACAAGUCAACAGAGAACACAUCACAUUCAAAUCUACCAAGCCCUAGCUUCAUUCACCCUUGCAAUCAUCAACCAGUUUGCUCCUGUAUCAAAGCAGGCCCAGGAUCUAAUUCCUGAGGAGCUUUCCACAGCCCUAGGUCUGCUACUAGUUGAUGCAGGAUUCAACCUUGCCUAUCCCGAGUGCAUCAAAAAUCUUCAGCACUAUGUCAAAUCUGUGAGCCCAGAACAGCAUUCCAUCUUCACUGAUAUGGAACAAAUCAUCUUGUCCAUGCAGAGUGCAUGUGCCCUUGUGAAAGGAAAGAACUCUUUGAAACUGCAUGACCAGGUUGAACUGGCUCAGGGCGCAUGUCUUGCAUGGUCCUACUAUGGGAUGAAUGAUAUCAUCGAGACGUUAGUCCAACUCUCCUCUGACAUAUGCAGAUCCAGAGAUGAUUCCAGUGGUAGUGCAGAUGAGAGAUCUUGUCAUUCAACAUUGCUACACUACCUAGCACAUCCAGAUCUCAGCUGCAGAUCACACACAUACAGAGCCUGCCUCAAAAUUACCAAGGACUCACUGAAGGUUGCAGAAGCAGUACAUCCAAGGUCAGAGGUCAGCCAUCAUGUGACAUUUCUCCUUGACCCUGCCGUCCUUCAUGAAAUAGCAUGCUAUGGCCUGGAUGAUUCAAAUGAAGAGGUUCAGAAAAUGAGUGAGUCUAUACUCCUCACAUUGCUGCAGGGUCGUCUCCUCAUGAGCCAGGCAUUGUGGGAUAAAUUGCUACAAGCUUUUAUUCCCAUCAUGCCCUUGCUGCAGGCCCAUGCCAGCAACAGUCUAGCUGUAAGCCAUUGUGCCAAUGACCUGAUCAACAAGUGCAAAGACCCAGCAGUUUUUGGAUCCUAUUCCAGACUACCAGCUGUAGAACAGAUCCGAGGUGGGCUGAGGAUGAUGUUCAGUAAAGACUUCAGGGUACGUGCUGAGGCCUCCUCGACUCUCCUGUGGCACCUGCUCAACGAGCCUGAGGCAGAGCUCAAGCACCCCAACCUCAGUCCCCUACCCUCUGGUGUUGAAGACCUGUUUGUCUUUCACACCAAGACUAGUCUGGAUAAUCACAAUGGGAUGUCAGUGUUUCAGGAGGAUGGUUUAUUGCAAGUAUUAAACAUCUUCACCUCUGAGAAUGAAGAGAGAGACCUGAAGAAAUCAGCACUCCAACAAAUGGCUAUCAUCUUACAAGAUAGCAGACUGCAUCACACCUUUGUAUCCCACGGGGGUAUGGAGAAGAUGAUGAAAACCCUAGCAACCAUCAUAAUCCCUACAGCACAAUCCAGUAUGACAUGUGAGCUGGUACCCCCUCUAGUCUCUAUCCUACGCCAUCUAGUGCAUGCUAACACAGCUAGGAGAAGAAAGAUGGUGCACCAGUCUGGAUUGUACUUGAUGCUGCUCAGAGCCUCUCUGAUCUGCAGAGGCUCAGAGGAAGCCAGGCAGGAGAUUGCUCAUCUGCUUACACUCCUCAUCUUUGAUGAGACAAUCACCAUGGCAACAGAUAACCAGCAUGGCUCCAGGACAGUCUGUUUCCCGUUGGUCAUCACUCAACACUUUCAGCUUCCAUUCAGAUGUGGUAUAACAUCUUCAUCCCGUGCUCAUCGAUUGGCUCCUAGACCCAGUCCAGACCCCCUGAGACAGCCUGAGAACUGGUCCAGGAUCAAACUGGAAUGGAUGAAGGCCAGGACUAUCGGUCAAGAUGGUCUGAUGCAGGCCCUCCUGCAUGAUGACAUAAUAACUGUUGAAUAUAGCUCUGAACUGUUACUUGAACCAGAUGAGAGAGCUCUGUUGGCCACAUCAUACCCCCCAACUUGUCUUCAUCAGUCUCUCCAGACAAUUAUAGCUGCUACCUCCCAUUUUACAGUGAAGCAGGCCAUUUGUCAACUGUCUCUAAUGAAGCAGUGGGCUAGGCUACAACAAAAUAGGGGGGUUACUGAAGGAGGGGAGAUGUCAAGUUUAACGAGAGCACUGCUUAAUUUUGAUUGGAAGGCAGCAUUGAACAGAUUUCUUGCAGUUAUUCCAGCCAACAACGAAGACGAGCACCUCCUAGCUCUCCUUCUCUCCCUGCUGUCCCAACUCCUGAGAUCCCCCGACCUUGUGACCCCCGACCUCAUUGAGUGGGUCGGGUCAACAUGCAGUGGGGGCAGGCUCUCGCUUGUGGAGCUCCUGGGGAAUUACCCCCCUGCUGGUCAGAUGGGAGAGGGGCAGACUGAUGGGAGAGGGAAGGGGAAGGAGGGGUCACAAGCUCUGGUGAGGAAAGAGAUUCUGAGGUUGCUGACUGGCUUUGUGCAGAAUCUCCCACUGUCACAAGAUGCAUGGAGGCGAAGAGGGAUCUUCCUAGGUGGUUCCCUCGUUCAUGGUCUACUCGGAAGCUUGGACCUUGCUGAUGCUCUACAUUUCUAUGAUCUACCUUCCCUUGAAAGCACACUACAUUGCCUUGUCCAUGUAACUGCCAGAUCUGGUUGGAGUCUUGACUGGGCUGAUGGGGAUAGCCUCACUCUCUGUCAACAGAUGCUCAAAUCCCUUCAGGAGGUUGUAUCAGCGUUCCAUGUUGGCAGAGGAGGUACUGCUAUGUCAUACAUGGGAAAGGGUGUUACCAAGAGUGCUACACUCUGUCUACUUCACCUCACCAGAGAGAUGGCAGCAAGGGCUGUAGACAAGAGCUGGCCUAUGGAGUGGCUAUAUACCAGCAAAGGUUCAUCAGAAGCGGGCUUUGCAUGGCUUACUCCUCUACUCUCAUACAGAGACCCUGAGGUUCGAGCUGCUGGUCUUAGCAUUGCUGCAUCCCUUGCUUCCAAUGAGCAGGGUUGUGUUGCCAUAGCAACUUGUUUCCAGCAGCAGACAGGGGGUGUCUGGGGGCUGGCUCUCUCAAUUCUACUUGAUCAUUCAGAAUGCAGUGUAGUCAGGCAACAGGCAGCAUCAUUUCUUGCCAAUCUACUGCUGCAGCCUUUAACCACCGAUGACGUACCCACAGGUCAGAAAUCCAGACCCUCUGGUCAUCAACAAAAGAUUGGCAUCGCUGGACUCUCUGCUGUCAAUGCUUUACUCCAGUAUCAUCGCUUCUUCCCUGAGAUAGCCACUAUGUUCACCCACUACUACCCAGACCCUACCAUCCAACCCAUCAGUAUAGUGGAAGAUUCCACUCUACCAUCAAGCAUGCAAAGCGGACCUCCUACACUCACCACACCAGAUUCAUCUGAAAAUGAGGAUAGUAUAAGACCUAGUCAGUCAAGAGGUCAGAGUUCACAGGAUGGUAGAGAGAGGAGACAUCUAGAGAUGAGAUCCCCCGAGGGUCAAUCAAUAUCCUCUCAGGAUACCGUCUCCAGCUCUUCCUCUGGGGUCACAGGAGGUCGCUAUGAGAGUGUCGUGACCCCUGGCCUGAUGACCUCUACAACAUGCAUUCUUACCAACCUCCUAGCUGUCCUUCCAAGUGAUGUGGUCCAUGCUGUUACAAAGGAAAACAUCCUCCAGACAUUGCAAGGAGUUAUCAACGUCAACCGCAUCCAGUUACUCCUCCAGCAAGCCACACCUUCUUCCUCUGAGAACCAUGCCCCCUUGCAAACAGACCCCGCCCACUCCCCUACAUCUUACUACGCAAGCCAGGUCCAGCUGUGCAGACAGAGCUCUAUGUGUACAGCUGUCCUGAGAUUUUAUCUAGCAUGCUUACAACAGGACACGCCUACCCUGCUUGAUGCAUUGCAUGAUGGGAAGCUUAUUGCUAAAUGUUGCCAGAUUCUCACCCUGCAGCUGCCGGAGCAAGGAGAUGCCAAGCUAGCAACUGGGGUCCAUGACCUUUGGAGGGUAUCAUUUGAGUUUCUGACAAUGCUCUGUCAUCUCUCAGGGUUAGAACACCUCAAUACUGUUCUUGGAAGGAGCUGGAAGAAUAUCACAGGCUGCAUCAUAUCUGUUGUGAGCAAGACCAGUCCUGCAUCAACCCGCAUCACUGCUCUCAACUUUCUCUCUGUCAUCCUCAACAAGGCUGAGGAGGAGGAGGAGGAGAAAAGGAGGUGGAGCCUCCCUACAAGGAAUGUAGAGGAUGGAUGCAAGGAGACAACUGCUGAAAGCCAAGAUGAGAAGUCUCUCGUGGUGAGGCUUUUGGAUGGGAGAAAAGAACAGCGAGGUACAUCAGCUGGUAAUGAGCUGUGUGAAGCCUUGUUGAAGGCCUAUGAUGGUUUCCUACCGAGGUCUACAGGACCAUGUCUAGCCAUGGAGAAAUCAUCUGUCUUCUCUGCUCUCAAAGUCCUACUUGCCAUCUCAGAUACAGCCAAGAGCCAGGCUCUAGCAGCUGGACUAGUAGAGACUACCAUUGCCACACUGAGACAGAUCCAUGCUAAACUCAUCCUAGAGAGUCUUCACAUGGACAAGACCAAUGCAAAGAAGAAGGAGGAUCCAAUGUUUGAUGAGCUUCAGUCUUUGUUCGAUCUUCUCAACAAAAUCAUGGUGAACAGCCAUGAUGUCAAGAUGGCAGCUCACCAGGCAGGCCUAGGUGUGAUUAUUCAUAAACUGUGGGCUUGGCUUGGUUUGGACAUCAAGCUCAUGACUAAUACACUCUUACUUCUCACUACCUACACUGCUCGAUGCCCUGCUGUGUGCGCAGCAAUUGCAUCUUGUGGACCUGGACAGACUGGUAACUCAAUCAUGCACUAUCUGAUAAGACUGGUGGAGAGGGAGAAACUAAAGGUGGAGAAAGGAACAGAAUCUGGCUUGCUAGCUCAGGUUUUCUCCAUACUAGGCAAUUUGGUUUGGUAUGGAGAAUGCAGGAAUGUCUUACAAAAGAGUGGAUUUCUGGGGUCAUUCAUCAAGGUCAAACUUCCCAGAAGCUCCAAGCAGACCAAGAAUGCUGCCAGCUCACACAUGUUUGCUGCCCUCUGGCUCCAGCUCCUGACCAAUCUCACUUUUGCAAUGGAAGGCCAACAAAUGGUCAUGAGGAUUCCAGAUGCCCUAGAUCUGUUAAUUGACUUCACCCAGUGUCCAGCUCCUACUCUCCAAGACUCUGCCUUGCUGGUUCUACACAAUCUCUGCUAUCUGACUGUCAAUAAAACAAGAUUACUUGCAAAUGAUAAAUUGGUCAGUCUCUUUCUGACCAUUUUGACCAAUGGAGACCUAAAAACCCAGUAUACAGUGACCAGUGCCUUGUAUGCUCUCAUGUAUGACAGCCAGAAGGCCAAAGCGUUAUUGAAACCAUCUCGUCUGAGCUUGAGUCUCAAGGAGCUUGAAGUGGUCUUACAGAAAGAGAUGCAGCACCCUCAGCCCCCAGCCACUCUUAUUGAGGCAACAAGAAGAGACAUGGCUACUAGGUGUCAGUUUGUUACAUCAGCCAUCACAGCUCUUCUGCAGGAUUGAAGACUCAAUUACAUGGGGAACAAACAGAGUUGGGUACAAAGUCAUUCAAAAUUGUACUUUAGGAUUGAAUCCUCAGACAGAGGGAACAAGAAAAUAUGUAGGUACCAAAGAGAGUCUGGUACAGCUUUUCAACAGGACUAAAUCCUCACUGUGCAUAAGGCAACUUCUUCUUAUAGAAAAAAAUAUCCCCAUUCGGAGUGAUGCAACAAGAAGAGACAUGAGUUUUCAGUUUGUUAUAUCAGCCGAUACAGCUUUUCUACAGGACUGAGUCCAUGCUCUGAUCAAGGAAAUAAGAAAAGACUUGGACACCAGAAUCUGGUACAGAUUUUUGACAUGACUGAAUCUUCACUGUAAACGAGGCAAUGAGAGUGACAUUGUUAUCAAGUGUCGGUUUGUGAAUAUGGGUGUGUGAUAUUUUUUCCAAAUUCUAUUUACACAUUCUGUAGGCAAAAUACAAUUUACUAAUGCUGAUGGUUAUUUCAAAACUGAAGUGUCAUUUAUUAAAGGUAAAGACCAGUUAUGGUCAUGCGAUUGCAUUGUGAAAGAAACGUUGUGGAAUCGAUCAG